UUGGCGGUCGUCUUUUUCUUUAUGAUCGUCAGUUUGUAGUUUUGUGAUUUACCUCAAUGAAGCCAAAUUCAAAGAAAAGCAUUAUAUAUGCCAAGGUUCUUGAUCGGAAGGUACUAAUGGUGGAGAUUUUUAUACAUCCAGUACGUUCUCUUGAAGAGCAGUCAACAAAAGUAAAUAAGAGCAGUGGAUACAAGUGGUUUACAGAAGAACACUUUCGUAGGUUAAUUACAAAGCUCCAGGAUGUUAUUCUAGCAAGAGUACUGGCUCCAUCUGAAACCGUAGGCAAAAGGAAAGGAAAAAAUGAUAGGACAUCUCAAUGUGAUUAUGCUGAAACAUUACCUGAUCACGAGUUGCUUAUUCAGUAUCAGUUUGUCAGAAGAAGAAUGUAUAGGCAAACUGUCUUAAUUUAUAAGAAAGAGGAACCACAAGCAGGAGAUCCAAGGGAGGGUGGUGGCUAUGCAAACUAUAAUUUCUAUCCAGAGAAGCUUCUAGUUACAGUCAUGUCAAAUUCUCAACCAGGUGAUCAGAAGUUAUUAGUAACAUCAAGGGAAACCGAAGAUGUUCAAGAGCAGCAGCUGUCCAGGUCAACCAUCAGCAAGUACUUUUGUAAAGAAACUACUUAUGUAACAUGUUCAACCCAGAAAAAAAGAGCUGCGUUGAUGAGUUUGAGAAAGAAAGAUGACUCGCAGGAAAAGAUUGAAUCCUACGCUUGUUCUAAUUCGUCUGUUGAGGAUGAAUCAGAGAAAACAGAAAAGACAAACUCCACGGCUUCUGACUCAGCAAAAUUACAGGAUGCGGACAUUGAUGGAAAAAAAGAUGAUACCUCUUGUGCUAAUCAGUGCAGCCAAAAAAUCGAAACACGCGACGUCGUUCCACCUUACGAAAGCGAGAAUGGCUCAAAACAAGAUGGGCAUGACAAGAACAUUCUCAAAAGGCGUGAAAACGUAGAUAACGAGCAGAGAUCGUCGCAGAAUGAUAUCAGUGUGGGCAGCGUCUCUGCAACGAUGGAAGAUGUUCCUCAGGUGACCAGUUGUAGCGAUGACGUCAAUUUCUCGAAAGAUAUCAUGAACAAUGAAGCUGUUAAAGACACUGAAAAAAAUAAAUCAGGAUCGAUUGUUUCUAAUUCUUCGAAGUUAAAACGAAGCAGAUCCUUUUCUGAAUCUGAUACAACUGACUCUGACUCAGUUCUGUGUCUUAGAUCUCGAAUUUCUAAGUACAAUGCUGUUAAGAAACAGAAAGCUGUGUCCAACGAUGAAAGUGGAGGCAAAGGAAAAGCGAUAGCUCCUGUCAUCGAUAAAGCAGAAGAUGAUAACGAUUUCGAGACUCCUAAAGUGAGACGAAACACGGCAAAGCGCAAAGGUUCAGACUUGUCCGAUGAUCAAGACCUGUACUCAUCCGCUUUUUCAACUGACGGUAAAACCUCUUCAAAUGUCAAACCUGAGGCAAAGGGAACUAUCAACUCAAGGAAAAGGAGGACCAAUCAGGCAGAAACAAAAGGAAAAGCUUUGGGUGGGAAGGCUACAAAUCUAAAGAGGAAGCGAGUUACUAAACGACAAGCGAAGACAGUGAAUCAAACCGCACUAAUCAAUUUGGGAGAUGUUGCUGAGGAGCCUGGGUCGAGUCCUGCGAAGGCGAUUGCAGUCGAAGACAAGCCCGUUAAACAAAAUGUUCGCAACGUUGAGGAACUCACUGCAAGCCAAACAGAGCAACUGGUAUGGGAGUAUGCCCAUGAACUGAGGGAAAUAUUCGAGGGCAAGAAAUAUUGUCGACGCCAUGAGGAUUACAAAAAAGGUGGAAAGAUUAAAGGCGGAGCGUCUAUUACUGGAAGGACCAGCAUCGGCAAAGUAAUUCCCACUGCUCAGAAAACUUUACAUCUCAUCGUUCAUUGAUUUUCUUUCACAGCCAGCGAGAUCAACGAUGUGCUAAAAGCGGAAAUAUUUGAUUUGUAUGCUAGAAGUUCGAGGUCUCUAUAUUUAGUGACUCGUUUUGAAAAUGUAUAGGUUUUACUGAUUUUAUUUAACUUCUGAUGUUAUUUUAUAUUUUACAUACCCAGUUUGUUAUAUUAGGAUGUUGAUUGCAAUAGGAAAUAAAUGGAGAAUUGUUAAGA